UUUAUAAGUAGAUGCAACACCUCAUCUAUAUCUCCUUAUCUCAUACAGAAGAGCUAAGAUUGGCAGAAAUGAUUUCACAGAAGCCACUUGCUUGGAGCAGACUACCAUGACGAGCCAGUCUCAGGGAAUCCACCAGCUUCUUCAGGCAGAAAAACGGGCCAAGGACAAGCUAGAGGAAGCCAAGAAGAUUCUGGGUCUACUUUUCCUAAAACAAAGAGACUGGGACUGCUUCUGGAAAAGGAAAGCGAUUGAAGCAAGCCAAGGAGGAAGCAAUGGUAGAAAUUGACCAGUACAGAAUGCAGAGAGAUAAGGAGUUUCGAUUAAUACAAUCUAAGAUAAUGGGCUCUCAGAGUAAUCUCUCAGAUGAAAUAGAAGAACAAACAUUAGGGAAGAUACAAGAACUUAAUGGAUACUACAAUAAACAUAUGGAAAGUGUGAUGAACCAGCUCUUGAGUAUGGUCUGUGACAUGAAACCAGAAAUCCAUGUGAACUACAGAGCCACCAACUAAAAAAAAAGGUGUGUGAGUGCCACCUGGUUGCUUAUGGCUUCAUGUUUUUAUAUUAAAAAAUUUGAAAUGCGAACCUUAAAUUUACAUUUACAAGAAAUGUGACAUAACUCAUACACCAGCACUGAAUUAAACAAAACAAAAUAC